AUGCAGUCCUGUGCCAGGUGUGGGUUUGUGGUCUACCCGGCCGAGAAAAUCAACUGUAUCGACCAGAACUGGCACAAAGCAUGUUUUCACUGUGACGUCUGUAAGAUGGUCCUGACCGCCAACAACUUUGUCAGCCACAAGAAGAGACCCUACUGCUCCGUACACAAUCCGAGGAACAACACCUUCACAAGUGUCUACGAGACGCCCAUCAACAUCAACGCAAAGAAGCAAAGCAAGGCGAGCAGCGAGCUGAAGUAUCGUGAAGAUGGUGAGCGCUUUAUGUCCACCUUCCACUAUGACAUGCGAUCCAUGGAGCUGGAGAAGGCUCGUCUGUCCCGUGAGAUGGCCAGCCAGGCCUACCAGUCUCAGUCUGAGUAUGCAGCGCAGCAGACCUGGUACUCCGGCAUGGUGACCAACCAGGAGAUAGUGAGGGUGUCCCAAGCCCAGAACACCAUCAGUGAUGUGAAGUACACGGAAGAAUAUGAGCAGUCUAAAGGAAAAGGCAGUUUUCCUGCUAUGAUCACACCUGGAUAUCUAGUGGCUAAGAAUGCCAACACCUUAGCCAGUAAUCUGAAUUAUAAAAAGGGACACGAGGAGAGAGUGUCAAAGUACACUACGUUUGCAGACCCACCCGAAGUGCUUCUGGCCAAGAGUCAAGGACAACUCACGAGCAAUUAUGCCUACACUGAAGAGUAUGAGCAGCAGAGAGGCAAGGGCAGUUUCCCUGCACACCUCACUCCUGGGUACAAGGUGACCAAGAAGGCCACUGAGCUGGCUAGUGAUGUGAAGUAUCGCCAGACAUAUGAACAGGAGAUGAAGGGUAAAGUCAGUGCUGAGGCUGGAGCCGCGGAGGCAGCACAUGCCAAAGAAAAUGCAGAGAACUUCAGCCAGAUUGCCUACACCGAGCAGUACGAGCAGCAGAGAGGGAAAGGGAGUUUCCCUGCCAUGAUCACCCCUGGCUACCAGCUGGCUAAGAAGGCUCAGGAGCAUGCCAGUACUCUGAAAUACAAGAAGGACUUGAACAAGAUGAAGGGGACGUCGCAUUUCCACAGCCUGACAUCAGAGGACAACCUAGCACUGAAGAACGCCUGCAAAAUUAACAAGAUUGUCAGUGAGGUGGAGUAUAAGAAAGACUUGGAGAAUACAAAAGGUCACAGCAUCAAUUUCUGUGAGACGCCACAGUUUAAGAAUGCUGUGAAGGUUGCCAAGUUCACCAGCGAUAAUAAAUACAAGGAGAAGUACACCAACCACAUGAAGGGCCACUACGAUGACUCGGGGAUGGACAAGAAGACCAUGCAUGCCAUGCAAGUCAGGAAGCUGGCCAGCAAUAUCGCUUACAAACAGGGCUACGACCAGGAGAAGAUGGAGCAAGGGGAAUACAACUACCCCGCCACCAUCACCCCAGGCUACCAAAGCCAGAGGAAACUGGACCCGCUGAAGGACAAGAACUACAGACAACACAUUGAACAGGUCAAAUACAGCACAGUGACAGACACACCUGAGAUCGUCCAGGCCAGAAAGAACGCCCAGCUUGUCAGCAAUCUCAACUACAAAGCAGACUACGAGAAGACAAAGCAUCAGUACACCCUGUCCCAGGACAUGCCCCAGAUUCAAAAAGCGAAGGCCAAUGCCGCUCUGUGCAGUGACAUCAAAUACAAGGAGGAGUGGGAGAAGACCAAAUCCAAGGCCUGCGAUAUAGGCGUAGACACCCUGACAGUCAAAGCGGCUAAAGCAUCCCGGGACCUAGCCAGUGAUAUCAAAUACAAAGAGUCCUUCAUGAAGAACAAGGAAAAGGCGGUGGGGGUCAACAUGAGUGACUCCAAGACCCUGCACUCUCUUCAGGUGGCCAAGAUGUCCAGCAAUAUUGAGUACAAGAAGGGCUCAAAGGAGACCCAGGACCAGUACAGCCUGCCUUUGGACAUGGUCACUCUGAGUCACGCCAAGAAAGCUCAGGCCCUGGCUAGUGAUGUGGACUACCGCAAGACGCUCCACGAUUACACCGUCAUGCCCGAUGAUAUUAAUGUCCAGCAGGCCAAAAAGGCCUAUGCCCUACAAAGUGAGAACAAGUAUCGUUCGGACUUGAACUGGAUGAAGGGAGUUGGCUGGGAGGCUGAUGGGAGUCUGAACAUAACCCAGGCCAAGAAAGCUGGAGAGCUACUUAGUGAUAUGAAGUACCGUCAGAAGGUAGACGGCAUCAAGUUUACCCAAGUGGCUGAUGACCUCGCUAUCAAACACGCCAAGAAAAGCCAGGAGCUGCAGAGCAGCAUGGCUUACAAAGCAGAAACGGAGCAGAUGAUGCACCAGUACACCAUGACAAAGGACGAGCCUCUUUUCAAACAGGCAAAGGCCAACGCGGACCUCCUCAGCGAGAAAGCGUACAAGAGCAGCUGGGAGAAGCAGAAGGACAAGGGCUUUGAGCUGCGACUAGACUCCCUCUCCAUACUCACCGCCAAGGCCAAGAGGGAUCUGGCCAGCAAUGUCAAGUACAAGGAGCAGUACGAGAAAACCAAGGGCAAGGCCGCCGGCAUUAAGUCGGUUACUGAUGACUCUCAGAUGGCCCAUUCUGCUCUGGCCACCAAACUGCAGAGCGACCGCCGCUACAAGAAGGACUAUGAGGACACCAAGAGCAAAUACAGUGUUUCUCUGGAUAUGCUGAACAUCAGCCAUGCCAAGAAAGCCCAGGACCUGGCGACUGACACGAACUACAGGACCGUCCUCCAUGAAUACACGUCUCUGCCCACAGACAUGAAUACCGCUUGGGCCAAGAAGGCCUAUGGACUGCAGAGUGAUAAACAGUACAAGUCAGAUCUGAACUGGAUGAAGGGUGUGGGAUGGGAGGCGUCACGUUCUCUGGAUGUCCAGCAAGCAAAGAAGGCUCGAGACCUUGCCAGUGAGAGGAAUUACCGUCAGGACGUGAGCGGUCUGAAGUUCACCAGCGUCGAGGACACUCCAGAGAUGGUCCAGGCCAAGCUCAGCAACAAGCUGGCCGUCGACCGGCUGUACAGGGAAAAGGGAGAGAGCAUGAAGCACAACUACACACUCAGCGGAGACCUGCCCGAACACGUACAGGCCAAGCUGAAUGCCAUGAACCUCAGCGAGAGCCGGUACAAGGAGUCAUGGACUAAGCUUCGUGAUGGCGGUUACAUACUGAGUCUGGAUGCCAUCCCUUUCCAGUCGGCCAAAGCAUCAGCAGACAUCCUCAGCGAUCAAAAAUACAAGGAGGAGUUUGAGAAGACCAAGGGGAAGAUGAUCACACUCAAAGGACUGCAGGACGACUUGAACAUCGCUCACUCAGUCCGUGCUAGUAAAUUACAGAGUGAUAUCAAGUAUAAGCAGAAGUCGGCAAACGAGCUGUCCCGGUUUCAUCUGCCCAUGGAUAUGCUGGAGGUGGCCCACGCCCGGAAGGCUCAGGCGCUGGUCAGCGAUCAGGACUACAGGCUCACCCUGCAUGACUACACCGCCCUGCCCGAUGACCUCAAAGUGCAGGCUGCCAAGCGGGCGUACGCCCUGCAGAGUGAGAAAGUGUACCGUUCUGACCUCAACUACCUGCGGGGUGCAGCAUGGAUCGCUACUGGGGCACUGCAGAUUGAAGGGUCCAAGAAGGCCACAGACCUCAUCAGUGAUAAAAAGUACCGCCAGCAGCCAUAUGACUUGAAGUACACCUCUGUGGCAGACUCUCCGGAUAUUGUCCAUGCCAAACUCAGUGGACAGAUAACAAAUGAGCGUCUGUACAAGGAGAAAGGAAUGAAUGACAGACACAACUACACUAUUACAGCAGAGAGACCAGAGAUUACCCAAGCAAAGAUUAAUGCAGCCAACUUUAGCGAGAUCAGGUACAAAGAGUCAUGGAACACCUUGAGGGCCCAGGGCUACAAACUGACCAUGCAGGACAUCCCCUUCCAGGCCGCCAAGAGCUCUACAGGCAUCGCCAGUGACCACCAGUACAAACACAACCACCUGCUGGAGAAAGGGAAGCACAUCGGUGCCAAGAGCAUCCUUGAUGACCCUCAUCUACGACACUGCCUUCAGGCUGGGCGACUGGCCAGCGACCAGGAGUACCGCAAGGACGCGCUGAUGUCCAGCAGUCAGUACCACCUCACCCCCGACAUGGUGCAUCUGGUGGCAGCGAAGAACGCCCAGGCCCUGGCCAGUGAUCAGGACUACAAGACAAGGCUGCACGAGUACACCGUGCUUCCUGACGACAUGAAGGUCAAGUGGGCCAAGAAGGCGUACGACCUUCAGAGUGAGAAACUCUACAAGUCAGACUUGACUUUCAUGAAGGGUGUAGCCUGGGACGGUGUGGGGGCACCUCAACUAGAGUCUGCCAUGAAGGCUGGGGCACUCAUCAGCAACAAGAAGUACCGUCAGCAGCCUGACAGUCUGAAGUUCACCUCUGUGGCUGACUCUCCAGACAUCCUCCAUGCCAGAAACAGCUAUCAGCAGUGCAGCGAGAGGUUGUACAAAUCUGGAAAAAACGAAGACAUGCACAAUUACACCUUACAUGCCGACGACCCAGACUUCAUCAGAGCCAAGAUCAACGCCCAGCAGAUCAGUGAUAAAGUCUACAGAGCGUCUGGAGACCAGGUGAAGACAGCCGGUUAUGAUCUGAAGCUGGACGCCAUUCCCUUCCAGACAGCCAAGGCCUCCAGAGAGAUUGCCAGUGAUUUCCGCUACAAGGAGUCACAUCUAAAGGAGAAGGGCCAGCAGGUAGGCCUGCUGUGCGUACAGGAUGACCCCAAGAUGAUGCACUCGCUGGCCGCCAGCAAGCUCCAAAGCAACUUGGAAUACAAACGCCAGUCCAAGGAGGAACGCUCAAACUACAAGAUUCAUGCCGACCAGCCUGAGUUCCUGCUGGCCAAGAAGCACCAGACCCAAGCUAGCGACCUGGCCUACCGUCAGAAGCUGCACAACUACACCUGUGAUCCCGAGCAGCUUGAUGUCAAGCAUGCCAAACAGGCCUACAAGCUGCAGAGUGAUGUGAAGUAUAAGUCAGACCUGAACUGGAUCAGGGGAGUGGGCUGGACCCCACCUGGCUCCCACAAGGCCGAACUAGCCCGACGGGCUGCAGAACUGGGGCUGGCUGAAGGGGUCAGCACUGAUGAGGCUAUCGCACAGUACCAACAGAUGGUGAUGCUUCAGUACCAGCAGCAGAUGGAGCAGCAGCAGAUGGAGCAGCAGCAGCAGCAGUCCUCAGAGCAUGUGGAGAACAGCGAGGAGAUUCAAGAAGGUGUCAACAUGGAUGCCAUGGAAGUCCUACAUGUCAAGAGGAAGAAGACCAUCCAGACCGUCCAGAAGAAGUCCACCAGUAUGACAAGUUCAUUUAAGUCCAUGGAGAAGAGGACCGCAUCCACUAAACAGUCCACGACCACCACCUCGUCCUCAUCCGCUGCCCUUGAGAACACAGUCCAAUCGUCCUUGUCAAACAAAGCUGCGGCGAUAGAAGAAGCAUAG